AAUAUUUACGAAUCGCACAUUUAAAAAAAAAAUAAAACAGAGAAAUGAGUAAUCAACCGUGACAUCUAAUUAGUACUGAAAGUAACAACAAUUUUGGAAGUAGUUGAGUAUGAUAUGUAAGAACCGUUUAAUGGUAAAUCAAGAAUUCAAACAACAGUUUGUACAACUGUGAAAAACAGCUAACGUUCUUGGCAAAUUAAAUUUAAUAAGUUUGAGCAUUAGCGAAGCAAGCAUUAAUUUGAAUGACUCUGGUGAAAUUAAAUUCAAGAUAAUGGUUAUAGUAAAAAAAGAAAGCUUAACUGGAAAAAUAGGACAUGAAAGGUUUAGUUUAGGAAACAAAGCAGCUUUAAUGCCUUUGCCUCCCUUCGGAGUUCUUCGACGAGUUGAACUAUGUGAACUGCAUCCAGGUUCUUCACAAAAUAAAUGCAUUAAAACUUCUUCACCAUCAUCGCCACCAUCAGAAUCUAAAAACCAGAUACGGUUUCAAAGUUUAACUGACGACAAACAACAAGUUCUUUCGCAUUUACCUGGGCUUAAUCCAGAUUGUGAAUAUGUAGAAAAGUAUCAAAUGAAACUUUUCCGUACAAUAAAACCAAUCGAAAACGAGUACUUGCAGCUGUGUCGUCAAGGCGUAAGGGUGGCAGACUUAUUAAAGCACAAAGAGUAUACUCCAAAAGAAGAAUGCCCAAAACCAAUAGUGCGCAUUAUUAAUGAUGACAUUGAAAUUCCAAUGAUUGAGCAAAUACGAAUGAAGCGAAAAGGAGAUCAAAAUUUACGAUUAAGACCGGAUAUUCUUCCAGUAGAAACAGAAAAUAAAGCUAAAUUAUAUUUUGCAUUUAAUCGUACCAAAGGCACCAUCACCCGAGUAAUUGCUACUCAGCCAAGAUCUUUUAGAUAUUGAAGUGAAAUAAUAGCUACAUUGUAAAUAACAUUCACCGUACAAAAUCUACAAAAAAACACAAUUAAUGUUUAUUAUACUUAAAGCGUUUAGCAUUACAUUAUAAAAAACAUAUUUUAUAAAAAAGACAUCAUGGAACCAGGCAUGCGUUUGAUACAAAAAGAUAUCUUAUUUAUUUUUAACAUACAAUAAAGCUUUUCACUAUUACAAAUAAAUUAAAUAAGAAAUAACAGUAAAAUAUAGACAAGUACAUUUGAUAAUAUUAAAAUAUUAUCGAAUAGAAGU